CGGUCGACGUCGAGGCGGCGACACGAGCGAGCGCGCGCGCCCACGAACCUGGCAUCGAGACGACGGGGGCGCCCCGACGGCGGCGACGCGCACUAGGCACGGGCGGCCCUAGGGACCCGCUUCCGCGAGCCGCCGCGAUGCCCCGGCCUCGCGGGGCGCCGCGGGCGACCUGCGUUACCGACGAGCCGGGUUUCCCGGGCUUCCCCGGCUUCCUCGGACCCUCGGGACCCCCCGAGUUCCCCGGGUCCGGAGGGAGGACGCCGGGACCGGCGAGAGUGGCCGCGGUCCUGUGCCUCGUGGCCGGUCAGCUGAUCGCCCUGGCCGGCGCCGAGCGGACCAGCGGCCUCUACGUGGACAACGGCCUCGACCAGACGGUCGUUCACAGGGUGGUCACUCAGCGCGAGAAGCGAGAGGUCGAGCACGAGAUCCUGAACCUCCUGGGCCUGCCCGAUCGGCCCAAGGGCGCCCAAGGAAAGGUGCCCCAGGUGAAGAGGUCCGCCCCGAAGUUCUUGCUCGACGUGUACAGGAACACCCGCGGCGAGGACGAGGAGAGGCCGGCUCCCCGCGACGGCGAGUUCGACCUCACCGGCCAGGACCUCAGGGCCAUUGACCAGAGCGACGUCAUCAUGUCCUUCGCCGCCCACAGCCAUCACGUUCCCGGGGUGAGGCACGAGCGGGGAAAGAGACUGUGGUUCGACGUCUCGGAAGUCCCUCCCGGUGAACACAUAAUCGGCGCGGAAUUGAGGCUUUAUCGCUCCAUGGAGGCGAAGAACAAGAAGAACCGAGGGUCUUUCAUGAUCACCGCCUACCGAGUCCUGCGAACCGAGGAUGGGGAACGGGAGCUGCAGUACGUCGACUCGGUGAACACCACGACGAAGAGGGAGGGCUGGCUGACGCUGAACGUGACCGAGCCCCUCCAACACUGGGUGAACAAUCCCGAGGGAAAUCGGGGACUCUAUCUCUCGGUUCAUCCCGCCGAUCGGUCCGUCCACGAGAUGAGGCCCGAGGACAUCGGAAUCGUGGGAUUCAGAGGCGACGCGGACAAGCAGCCGUUCAUGGUCGGCUUUUUCAAAAGCUCCGGCGUCAGGGAGGCGAAGGUGCGGCAGAAACGAGACGCCAGGAGAAGGAAGAAGAGCGAGUCGUCUAGCCUUGACUACAGGAACAAUCCGUACACGGAUCCCGUGGUCCAGUAUAACUCCAGGACGUGCAAAAUCCAAACCCUCUACGUCAGCUUCAGGGAUCUUCAAUGGCAGGAUUGGAUCAUUGCGCCCGAUGGAUACGACGCAUACUACUGCAGCGGAGAAUGCAAUUUUCCCUUAAACGCACACAUGAAUGCGACGAAUCAUGCCAUCGUCCAGACGUUGGUUCACCUCGUCAGUCCUGGUAAAGUUCCAAAGCCGUGCUGUGCCCCGACGAAACUUUCGGCGAUCUCCGUCCUUUACUUCCUCGACGAGAGCAACGUCAUACUCAAGAAGUACAAGAAUAUGGUCGUCAAAAGCUGCGGUUGUCAUUAGCCAUCCACGUUCUUCUAUCUUCUCCUUAGAAUCCAGUUCUCGACAUUCUGACUCCAGGACAUCUACAUUUAUCUUCAUUCAUACUGUUUUACAUGUAUUUAUAGUCAAUGUCUCUCCGGGAAAGCGUUUGUUAGUCUCUGCGAAUUCGAGAAAUCGAACGUAUCGAAGUGUCGCGGAAGUAAGUUUGGAGAGUUCUUUUUUUUUUUUAAUGGAGUAAUUUAGGUAUUUUGACGAAUGAACGUUCCCGAAGGCCUUUCCUGUCCGUAUGAAAAUCCAAGUGGACGAUGUAAUAUUGUAAUUAGAUGUAUUCUCGUACAUAAGGGACUAACAACUGCUCUAAUUGUACCAUUAAGCUUUUUUCACGAGGAAUGAAUGUUAGUUACGCUAGGUCUUGUGGGUGUGUAAAUGUGAGAAUGAUUAAUCGAAGCUAUAAAAAUGAUAGCUGCCCAGAUAAGCAUGCUGAGAAUAUAAUCUUUAGUGAUAAGGUAUAGUCAGUGGUAAACCUGUGGAAUUUUUAUAAUGACAAUGUAAAUAUAUUAUUGUAAAUACGUUGAA